AUGGACCGCCACGACGACUGUUCCAAGGGCCGCCACGAUGACUGUUCCAAGGGCCGCCACGACGACUGUUCCACGGGCUGCCACGGCAACUAUUCCAAGGGCCGCCACGACGACUGUUCCAAGGGCCGCCACGACGACUGUUCCAAGGGCCGCCACGGCAACUGUUCCAAGGGCCACCACGACGACUGUUCCAAGGGCCGCCACGGCAACUGUUCCAAGGGCCGCCACGACAACUGUUCCAAGGGCCACCACGACGACUGUUCCAAGGGCCACCACGACGACUGUUCCAAGGGCCGCCACGACAACUGUUCCAAGGGCCGCCACGACGACUGUUCCAAGGGCCGCCACGACGACUGUUCCAAGGGCCGCCACGACGACUGUUCCAAGGGCUGCCACGGCAACUAUUCCAAGGGCCGCCACGACGACUGUUCCAAGGGCCACCACGACGACUGUUCCAAGGGCCGCCACGACGACUGUUCCAAGGGCCACCACGACGACUGUUCCAAGGGCCGCCACGACGACUGUUCCAAGGGCCGCCACGACGACUGUUCCAAGGGCCGCCACGACGACUGUUCCAAGGGCCGCCACGACGACUGUUCCAAGGGCCGCCACGACGACUGUUCCAAGGGCCGCCACGACGACUGUUCCAAGGGCCGCCACGACGACUGUUCCAAGGGCCGCCACGACGACUGUUCCAAGGGCCGCCACAACGACUGUUCCAAGGGCCGCCACGACGACUGUUCCAAGGGCCGCCACGACGACUGUUCCAAGGGCCGCCACGACGACUGUUCCAAGGGCCGCCACGACGACUGUUCCAAGGGCCGCCACGACGACUGUUCCAAGGGCCGCCACGACGACUGUUCCAAGGGCCGCCACGACGACUGUUCCAAGGGCCGCCACGACGACUGUUCCAAGGGCCGCCACGACGACUGUUCCAAGGGCCGCCACGACGACUGUUCCAAGGGCCGCCACGACGACUGUUCCAAGGGCCGCCACGACGACUGUUCCAAGGGCCGCCACGACGACUGUUCCAAGGGCCGCCACGACGACUGUUCCAAGGGCCGCCACGGAGUGUUCCAAGGGCCGCCACGGAGUGUUCCAAGGGCCGCCACGGAGUGUUCCAAGGGCCGCCACGGAGUGUUCCAAGGGCCGCCACGGAGUGUUCCAAGGGCCGCCACGGAGUGUUCCAAGGGCCGCCACGGAGUGUUCCGCAACUUGGUGUGGAAGACAAAGCACCGGAAGCAGUCAGCCUGGCCCCAUUGUGCCGGCGGCGGCGGCGGCGGCGGCGGCGGCAGGUCCCACACAAGUGACUCUGGCCCCCAAACACGUGACUGCUGGGGGGCAGAAACAACUGUCUCCUGA